AUGAUAGCAAUUGCGCUGCUCUUCGAAGGACAGCUCAGGUGCGACGCAUCAGCGGCAUCGGUGACGGGCUGCGAUGCGCCGAGCUGUUCAGUGAGCAGCUUCGUGCAGCGAAGGAGCGUGCUAAACUUGGUCUUUGCGCAGAUGGAUCCCAUCAGCGAUACCAUGCAGCACACGGUGCGUUUGUUGUCUUUGCUGCUUCCGAGCGAUGGAUUUUUUGCUACGCGCCUGGGAGUGGAACUGGCUGCUGCGGCGGCUCCAUCAUAUCAGUCAGCUUCAGGCUCUUUGCUUUAUGCAUCAGCUUUCAGUUUAGCUUCGGUCAUCUCUUUUGGUGAUAAGCCCUUCCGCGGAGAUCAAGAAAAUCAUCUCCUGAUCAGGUUCCUCCUGAGUGCCAGCCUGUGGGGUGGCAAUCCCACGCCCGCGCCAGUGGGUGCCAACUCCGUGCAGAGUGUAAUCGGUUUGGAGUUUCAGCUUCCAGAAGGCUUUAGCUGCGUUGGUGCAGCGGUGCCGCAGACCAAGGCUAUUGGCUCCACAGCGGCCGCUUAUGUAUUUACGCUCUCCAUGCUUAUGGGGUUGUGUAUGGCCACAGUGCAAUUGUCGCUUCGUGGCACGGUGGCAGUGGGUAUUGUCCCCACCAAUGCCAUCGCUUUGGUGGAGGGCGCGCAGCGCACAUUCACAGCAGCGCCAAACGCACCUGUGCUGGGCCUCCUGCGAGAUGCGAGUUUGACGCCCCAAUACUUUGCAGUCACUGAGAGGAAUUGGCUCAGCAUUUUCUUCACCACGGAGCAGAGCUCUCCAGAGAAUGGAGGUCAUUUGCAGCUGAUUUUGCCAAACGGAUUUCUUUUCCAGCCAAGAUGCCUCACGCAGCCGUUGCCCAUGUAUUACUACGCCACCGUUGGCUUCUCCUCUGCAACCUUGCAGCUCCCAGUGCUUCGUUGCAUUGGCAACCUCAGCAGAGCGACAAUCGUGCUUCCAUCAACCACCAGCCUUGUGGCAUCUCGAUCUUAUGCCUUUCAAGUGCAAGUCCUAAACGCAGCAUCAUACCAAGCUGAUCAGCAUGACAACUUCAGGCUUACUACAGAGAGCGCCUCUGGUGAUGCCUUGGAUGGCACCUUGACGACGCUCCGCUAUGUAGCAAGUGACACCAUGGCGCAAUCCUUCGGGGUCUAUCGCUUGGCCAUGGCACCAGGCAACGUCUUUCUGGUGGAGUUUGGUUUCGACUCCAGCAGCCCCGCCGAACGCCUCAGUGCCGCAGCCACUGAAGCACCCCAGGCGCAACAGCGAUGGUUUCGCAAGGAGUGGAGCUUCCAAUCACAACGAUGGCAGGAGAACUGUGCUGUCUUGGAGAGUUUGGCAUUGGAGGAGCCCUUCCAGGAUUUGGCUGCGAGUGGUGCAAAUCUCCAGUGCAGCAGCCUGGUGCUUUUUACAACCCAGCAUGUACAGGUCACCAUCUCCGUGUCAAGUGGCACGGUGAAGGCAGCCGCCUAUAGCUUUGGCCUCAGCGCCCGAAACCCUCUUGUGCCGGAGCGAGGCCUUCUUUGGACUAUCUCCAGCUUUGCGAAUCCGCAGCAGAUUGCAGACCUGAGUUCCACUGUGGAAGGUUUUCAGGUUGAGACGCCAAUGCUCUUCGGUGCAUUGUUGGGACGUGACAGCGGCAUCAGCUACAGCGCCACCCGCCGUGAUGAUCACCCUGGACAGGUGACCAACGUGAUCCUGGCUUUUGAACUGAGCAACACACCCUCGUUUACAGGGGCAGCGACUCUUGUGGUGAAGGCCCCUCCAGGUUUUCAGUUCCCUUCGCUUUGCAGCUUCAUGGUCGUUGGGGACAUCUUUGGGGAUGGCAUCCCUUUUCCUGCGAUCUACUUCCCUUUCGAUCCAAGCGCAGUGGUUUCGAGUUGUCAAGGCCAUGGCCACCGGGCAGAGCUGCAGGUUGGCUUGGGGCUGCGAGCCCAGCGGCGCUACGUGCUGCGCUUGGAGGUGGUCAACCCCGAACAGACAUCCGCUCAAAACUUCUGGAGCAUCAGCUUCAGCGAUGAAGCAAGCGAGCCCUUCGAGGGCUAUCGUCUUUGGCGCUUUGAUGAAGUCUCAGUCACACCAUCAGCCAUUGCUCGCUCCACGUUGGCCGAGGAGACCCCGAACAAUGUGACUAUCCUUUUCCGGACAACGAACGCUUUGCCUUCAACAGGAUUCCUGGCGAUCCAGGCACCUUUUGGCUUCCGGAUUCCCACAAAUUGCCACGCGUCUUUGGUAGAUGCCUUGGCAGAUCAUAUGAGCCACCCAGUCAGCUGCCGUGGCACUGCAUCGCCUUCGAACAUUGGGGAGCUGCAUGUGGCAAAUGAGCUGAUGGCUUUGGGGAAGUACGAGUUAGCUUUGCUUUGUGUCAAUCCCACCAUCAUCACCUUGGAGGCAGGAACCUGGCAAUUGCAAAGCUACUCAACGAAGCAGGCAGACUAUGCGGCACUCUUGGAUUUGGGCCAAGUGAGAGGCUUUCGAUUAACUGAAGUCUUCCACACACUGAAGGUCGUUUAUCCUGUCACAACAGCUCUUGACGAGCUGGAACUUCGUAUCCAGAUCCUACUGUAUACAGCGCUGGAGUCGGGAGAUGUCUUGCAAAUCACUGCGCCUGAUGGGUAUGAUUUUUCAGGCAAUGGCACCGACAGCUGCUCCAAGUACCGCAGGUACUCGACCACGCCAUUUCCGUCGCCGGGAUGCCAAAGCCGGAGCAUCCGAUUCAUCUUGGAAGAAGGCCUUGGCUUGUUGGACCUGCCGGGGAGCACGGAGCGUUUGACACCUUUGCUGGAUUUCAGUGUGGCGACUUGGUAUCCACGAAAGACUUUGAGUGCCCAGGCCACGGUCUUUCAGGGCGAACAGUUGCGUGGGAGCAGUUUGGUGGCGGCGAAGAGCAUCUUUGGACAACUGGUGACCCCACGGCUGCUGGAGCUCUCAGUGUCCCGCGUGGAUCAGAAGGUGACCAUGACCAGCCUGAGCACUUUGAGGUUAACUUUUCGGGUGAGUCAAGAUGCUGAGGCUCUUCAUAUCACGACCGUGCAGGACGUGGUCAGCCAAGACGAAGACCUACGCUUUGACUUCUCAGUGUCACGUGUCACGGAACCCACCGAGGUUCCUGUCACCAGGAAUGAGGUCAACCUAUUGCUGGAGAUGCAGAUGCUUCAGGGCCUCGCCUACGGCGUCACCGUGGCAGAUGUCAGAAACCCUUUGAGCCCUGGCACAGCGCUUUGGACUCUGAGCACCUUUGUCUUCAUCAAUGGAGUCCUUGACGAGAACGUUCGGGAUCGUUCGGUGAAUCUUCUGGGCCCGGUGACUUUGAUUCGUCUUAACAUGCUGGAACAGACAGAUCUCACAGAUCCUUUCUUUGAUAUUGCCAAUACGGAGUUCUUUGUGGCCUUUUCGCUGCUCCAUGGUGUCUCAGCAGGGCAAAUCUUAGAGCUGCGUGCUCCACAGGGUUUUCGCUUCUUGGAACGCAGCUUCAGCCCUGGCGAAGGCUUCCCUCUGAUUUCGGGACAAGUCUUUCUGGACGACGCCUCACCUGACCCCAACGUGCCCUUCUCAUCACGGCCGAGUUUGGCAGUCCAGAUGCUGACACCUUUGGUUGCGGGUCAGAUUGUAAGGUUCUCUGUGAGGCUGCGGACACCCGCAGCACCAGAGGAUUUGGCGCUGUGGGACGAGACGCAUCAGAGCUCUUGGCUGCUGCGUACUUGCCGAGAUCGGCCAUGCGAGGAGGUCACUGCAAGCAACGACGACCUUUUUCCAGGCUUCGUGCUGAAGGCCUCCUUCGGCAGUACCUCACUCACUCCGCAGGCCAACGGCGUGGCACCGCAGCUGUCGGUCACGGUGACAUUGGCAAUCCACCCCAAGGCGUCUUUGGCUUCGCUGCUACAAGGUGGAACUGUUCACGUACGCAUCAGAGCUCCGUUGGGCUUUGACUUCGCAGCGAGCUGCUUAGCCGUGACUCCAAACCGCGUCUUUGAGCGCUGUGAAGGUGAUGGCCGCGUGGCGGUGCUCUUGGCCCGGGACGGAGAGUUAGCCGCUGGCUUCACUUCUGUUGCACUUUUCGUCACCAACGCUGCCAUGACCCCUGCGGAGCGUGUCGGCAACACUUGGGUCUUGGAGUCCUUUGUUGACUUUACAAACACCUCGAUGGUCGUCACGGCGCCAAGUGACCAAGCAAGGCAGCGGUCACAGGUGCCUGGCUAUGAGAUCAGGGAACUUUUGGAGGCCACCAUCGGCGGCAACACUCAACGAGCUGCAGUGACGAUGGUCUUCGUUUGGUUUCUGGCAUCGCAGUUCCUUGAUGUGGGUGGUGCAGUGCAAUUGCACGCGCCCCCGAGCUAUGAGCUGCGCUGCACGCCGCGAGUGCAAUACAUCAGUUUGCCCGCCGGCUCCUGCCGGCUGCUGGCAGGUGUGACAUCGUCCACGGGAGAUGUCUACCACCAGUACCUCUCCUUGGCCUUGACACUCCCUGGCCAACAAGUGUAUCCAAAUACCGCCUACGAGUUUGGUGUGGCGGCCACAAACCCUGCAGCCCCCAUCAGCCCAAACUACUGGGGCUUGGUGCUGUUGAAGCCCGGAAGCGAGGUGGUGGAUUCCACCCGGACUUUGCCAGGGUAUGAACUGACAGAUUACCACCUGUUGGUGCAGGCACCUUUGCCCAGCAGCACACGGCCCGCAGUGGUGAACAUGGUCCAAUUGGACAUCACCUUCCUCAGGCAGCUGCAGCCGGGAGAAGCUGCACAUAUCACGGUCCUGGCACCCAGCACUUCAAAGGUGCUAUGUCAACGGUUUAGCGAUGUGACUGGUGGAGGCAACCUGGCAGCUGCUUUGCCUUUGGAUAACUCCGUGGGCACUUACGGUACUCAUACUUGCCAGCUCCAGAACUCCUUGACGAUGCACCUGGACAUCUCUCGACCGGUUCUAGCUGGUAGCUACGAUCUGCGGAUAGGCGUGUUGAACCCUGGCAUGCGUGCUGCUAAAGACUUCUGGACUGUUGAACUCAUCAAAGAGGUUACUGACUGGCGUACGGCUCCAGCAAUGCUCAAAGUUCAAAUGAACGGCUUUGGCGUGUCUCAGCCUUUUGUGAAGGAGAUUGCGCCCAUUGCCGCCCAGGCCCAAGCCUGGUCAAUAGCUUGGUCAUUGUACCUUUUCAAGCUCGUUCUUCAAGGUGCAGGCUGA